ACGCCAAGGAUGCGGGUCCUGAGGCCCCCCACCCUCCUCCUGCUGCUCUCGGGGGCGCUGGUCCUGACCCCCAGCUGGGCCGGCCUCCACUCCCUCAGGUAUUUCAGCACCGUCCUGUCUGGACCGGGCGUCGGGAAGUCCCGGUAUGUCGCCGUCGGCUACGUGGACGACAUAGAGUUCGUGCGGUUCGACAACGACGCGGCGAGUCCGAGGCUGGAGCCGCGGAUCCCGUGGAUGCAGCAGCCGUGGGUGGAGCAGGUGUACCCCGAUUAUUGGGAGGAGCAAACGGAGGUCAUCAAGGACUGGGCACAAACUCACGGAGAGAACCUGAACAACCUGCGUGACUACUACAACCAGAGCGGGAACGGGUCUCACACCUACCAGUACUUUUCUGGCUGCGACCUGGGACCCGAUGGGCACCUCCUCCGCGGGUACCAUCAACACGCCUACGAUGGCGCCGACUACAUCGCCCUGAACGAGGACCUGACCUCCUGGAUCGCGACCGACAUGGCGGCUCAGAUCACCAAGCGCAAGUGGGAGGCGGCGGCGGGUUGGGCAGAGCUUGAGAAGAGCUACCUGGAGGGGGAGUGUGUGGACUCUCUGCUCAUGUACCUGGAAAAAGGGAAGGAGACCCUGAAGCGCGCAGACCCUCCAAAGGCUCACGUGACCCACCACCCCGUCUCUGCCCAUGAGGUCACCCUGAGGUGCUGGGCGCUGGGCUUCUACCCUGCAGACAUCAGCCUGACCUGGCAGCGUGACGGGGAGGACCAGACCCAGGACAUGGAGCUGGUGGAGACCAGGCCUGCGGGGGACGGGACCUUCCAGAAGUGGGCGGCCGUGGGGGUGCCCCCUGGAGAGGAGCAGAGAUACACAUGCUAUGUGCAGCACGAGGGGCUGCCCGAGCCCCUGACCCUGAGAUGGGAUCCACCUUCUCAGACCUUCAUCAUCAUCAUCAUCAUGGACAUCGCCGGGGUCCUAGUUUUGCUAGUCAUUGUGUUUGCAACUCUGAUAUGGGGGAGGAGGCGCUCAGGUGGAAAAGGAAGGAGCUACGCUCAGGCUGCCAGUGAGUAUGGAGGGGUGACCCCUGAGUCCCUGGGACAGUGCAGAUGGGAGCCAUAGGGGACCAACCCCCAUAGUUCCUCCUUAGUCUCCUGCCCUGGGGCUCUGACCCCGUCCUGGUGUUCCUCUCCACCACCC